AUGCCGCGCGUGGUCGUCUUCAUCGAGAGCGACGACGAAGAAGAAGACGGCGGCGGCGGCGGCGGCGGCCAAGCAGGGCGCGCGCUCGGGAAGGGCGCCGCGAUCACGGGCGGCGGCGAGGCCCUGAAGCUCGUCAAGCCGGAGCCCGUAGACGCUGUGGCCUUCAACCCGCUGGGUCCGGGGGCGCUGGGGCUCGCGGUGGUGCCGAUCCCGCCGCGGACAGAAAACCCCCGCGCGCUGUCGUUGCCGCGGGCACAGAGCCUGCGCGCGCCGUCCUCGCCGCCGACGGUCGCCGCAGCACGCCCCGCCGGCCUGCCUCAGCCCGAGAUUAUCGACAUCUCUGAAGGACACGACGAAGAUUCCGGUUUCCGUGGCGCCCUGCCGCUCCGGAUGAUCGAGGGAAGCGGCAGUGGCGUCAGGCGCAUCAAGGACGAGCCUUUCGACGAUUUCGGCUGCGAUUGGGUUCCCUCCCCGGCGGGGAAGAGCGCGUUGGUGGCGGUUGCGCCCCCCGGAACCUCCUGCGCGAAGAGGAGACGGAAGAGGGAGCACCCCAGCACCAGCGGAGCUAAGCGUGACGCGCGCGGCGACAAUCACGCGUUGGACCGGAGUUCCAGCGCAUCAGGGGCUGGGCGUCGCGCGGCGGGGAGGCCUGAUGAGGCCAGGAGCUCAAAGAAGAGGAACAAUGUGAAGAGCAGAGAAACAGGCAGCGGAAGCGCGGGUGGCCGGUCGAAUUCGACCAAGAAGGCCCCCGUGCCCAGCGAGGAAUCCAGGGGUGCCCCCGGGAAGGCGAAGCGUGGAGGGAGUACGAGAAGUGGCGGGAGGAGCAGUAGUGCUUUGCCGGCGAGCUGGAGCGGGACCACGGUCGGGUCCAGGAUCCGGUCAAGGUCGCGUCAGCAGGGGAGAGUGCAGCAUGCUACGUAUCCUGCUCGCGUGUCGUCCGAGGAAACAGAGGAGGACGACGAUGAAGAGGAGGUGCAGAAGCAGGAGCAGAUAAGGGGGGAAGAUGUGGAAGCGAUGAAGGUGGAUGACGAUGAGGACAGUGGGGCUGCCAAUGAAGUAGCCCAAGAGAGUGAGCAGGAAGAGGAUGUGGAGGGAAGAAGCAGCCAGGAUGGCCAUGGCGAUAGUGAGGACGGAUACAAAGAAGGCAAAGAUUCUGCUGCUGUUGCUGAAAAUGAGGAGGAGGUGGCGGAAAAGGAAUUGUUGGAGGACGAAGGUGAAAAUCAAGAAUACAACCAUAGCAUCUACGACGGCCAAGAAGAAGAUGAAGAUGACGAAUCUGACGAUGAGCAGGAAUUGGAUGAAGCAGACGAGAUGCAGCCAUUCACGCCUAGCAACACUAUGGUAGGUGGCAGUGUCAGGUCAGGAGGCAACGGCCCCCGAGUCUUCAGGAGAAGGAUUUUUGAGGGGCUACAUUUGCUUCAAAACCCAGACAAGACUGUUGGCAAGGGCAUCGAAGGGCGAACAAGAUCAAAGCGAAAAUGUAAGGACAAGAAACUGCUCAGACGGGGAACUUUCAGUAAACCUUACAAUAUUGAUCUUCCAGACUCAACAUCAGAUUCUGAAGAGGAUAUAGUACAACAGGAGCCCCAGCCAGUGCUAAUGUCAUCAAGUGACGAAGGCACCAGGAUUUUUGGCAAAAGAAAGCGCAGAAGAGCAAGAAACAAGGGACGGCAUAAAAGACUGAGUACCAGUAGUGAUGAGUGUAUGGAGUACAGAGCAUAUGCAAAGGAUGCCAGGCGGCCUUUUCGGAGGCUCAAGAAGGGGGUGUCCAAUCUGCAGGUUGGCAAGGAUGGUUCAAAUCCUGGCCGUGCCAAAUACAAUGGCCCAAAUGGUCGGAAUCCAAUGGGCAUGGCCAAUACACAGGAUGACAUUUCCUUCAAAAGAAAGGCACAUAUGAUUAGGAUGAAGAAGCGCAGUCGAGCAGCGAGAGCUGCUUAUGAUGAACUACUCAAUUCCUUGUUCGCUGAAUGGGAGAAUCAUAUAGAUGUGCCUGAUCAUGCAGAAACUGGAAAUAGUUUGCCUUUGGUGUUCUCAUUCGGAGAUGAGGAUGAACCAUUCGAAAAAACAGAAAAUGACAAGUAUCAGGAAGAUCUGUGGAGGGAAUAUGACAUUGCUUUUGAAUCCAUGAAUAUUGGUUCUCACGCUUGUGAAGAGGAUAGAAAAGAAGUUCCUCCAGUAGAACAAAUUUCAUGCAAAAACGGGAAGCAUGAAUUCAUUAUUGAUGAACAAAUAGGAGUUUGGUGCAAGCAUUGUCAUGUUGUCGAUCUUGAGAUCCGACAUGUAUUGCCUGCUAUGGGGAAAUUUUCUGCAGAAAGGGAUUCGGCAAUUGAACCUGAGUUGGACUCGAUAUGUAAGGAAAUGCUCAAUCUUUUCGAAGAAAAUGAUGUGCUGGUAUCAAAUGGACAUGAAGUACCAUGCAAUUUUGGUGGUCACAAAGCUGGUUCAGUCUGGGAUCUCAUUCCUGGAGUCAAGGAAGACAUGUUUCCACACCAGCAGGAUGCAUUUGAGUUCAUGUGGACCAAGCUGGCAGGAGGCACUACAAUUGAACAGCUAAAGCACACCGCGAGCACUGAUGGAGGUGGCUGUGUUAUUUCUCAUGCCCCUGGAACGGGAAAGACCCGACUAGCAAUCACAUUUGUUCAAUCCUACCUUGAGGUCUUCCCGCACUGUAGCCCCGUGAUCAUUGCUCCAAGGGGGAUGUUAGCUACAUGGGAGAAGGAGUUCAGGAAAUGGAAGGUGAAGCUCCCUUUUCAUGUACUGAAUUCCACUGAGAUCAACUGGAGUGAAGACAAGACCAUCCAAGAACAGGCUGCAAAGAAUGGAACUUUUCAUCAGAGAUUAUUGACAGAAAAAAUGGAUCAAAAUUAUAGGCGAUUGGUGAAGCUAGGGUCCUGGAUGAAUGGUACCAGCAUAAUUGGUGUGAGCUACUCGCUCUUCAGGAAGCUAGUGAAUGAUGAAGGCAUGGAUGGGGAUAAGGUGACAAAACUCCUCCUUGAGAAACCCGACCUGCUUGUCCUUGAUGAAGGGCACACGCCAAGGAACAAGAAAAGUCUUAUCUGGAAGGCUUUUAGCGAAGUCCGCACUGAAAAGCGAAUAAUUCUAUCGGGGACUCCGUUCCAAAACAAUUUUGAGGAGCUUUAUAACACCUUAUGUCUUGUCAGGCCAAAGGAUGCAAUUCUUCUGGAGAAGGACGAGGGCAAAGAUUUCUGGACUUCAUUGAGAUUGAGUGACAUCACAAAGGCAAACAUAGAUCAAGUAAGGAAAAAACUGGACCCUGUUGUGCACAUCCAUAGUGGUAAAUUUCUUCAGAAGUCUCUGCCAGGACUGAGAGAAUCCGUUGUGAUUCUGAACCCUCUUCCUUAUCAGAAAGAAGUGAUCGCAAGUAUGGAGAAGACUAUGGCAAUUGGUCUUGAGGCAGAAUAUAAGAUCUCACUUGCAUCGAUACAUCCAUCCCUCAUUGCCAGAGCAAAAUUGUCUGAGAAGGAGGAGUCUAUGGUGGACAAGUCCAAGCUAGAGAGCUUACGGUCCUGUCCAUCUGAAGGGGUUAAGACGAGGUUUGUUUCGGAGAUUGUCAAUCUUUGUGAAGCGUUAAAUGAGCGGGUGCUUGUAUUCAGCCAAUAUCUUGAUCCAUUGUCCUUGAUCAUGGAGCAGCUGAAAGCAAGGUUCAAUUGGGCUGAAGGCAAAGAGAUCCUGUUAAUGAGUGGAAAUGUCCUGGUUAAAAAUCGCCAAACCAUGAUGGAGGCCUUCAAUAACAUGAAAAGCAAAGCCAAGGUAAUGCUUGCAUCGACUAAGGCAUGCUGUGAAGGCAUUACACUUAUUGGGGCAUCACGUGUGGUUCUACUUGAUGUCGUGUGGAACCCUUCAGUUGGAAGGCAAGCGAUCGGUCGAGCUUACAGAAUUGGUCAGGAGAAGAUUGUGUACACGUACAAUCUAAUCGCAGAAGGCACAACAGAGAAGAGCAAAUAUGACAGACAGGCUAAGAAGGAGCACAUGUCUAAAUUGCUCUUUUCAAAAGAAACGGAGCACGGAAACUUGCCACCAGAAAUAACAUUCAAUGAUAGGAUUUUGGAAGAAAUGACUGCCCGUGAAGACCUCAAAAAAUUGUUUGUAAAGAUUUACGUUGAUAAUCAAACUGAUGGGUCACCUGGAGAGAUGGAGAAGAACAUUACAUGUCUAGAUGCCUCAUAAUAUGAAACAGAAUGGAAGAAAUCGAUGAUGAACCCUAAAACAGAUGACAGACUAUCGAGAUGCUGUUGCUGCCAGGGAAAUUUGAUGGAAUUUUCGUGCUCUAAGGCCUCAGAUCCAUUAGCUUUCCAAGCUAGAGUCAACAGGGACGGCCUAGAAGUUUAUCAUGACACAGCACCAUUAGAUGAUCUGUGGCUAAGCCUGCGAAUUGGAUUAUGUUGAUUGUAUCGCCUUGUACUGGAUUGUUUGCAACU